AACCAGUUGACAGGAAAAUAUCGGCUGAAAAUUUGAUGGAAAAUGCAGCACGGCCCACGUGUAGACCUGAGUCUGUUCUAGGGCCUUGGACAUAGGGUGGGGGCAAGGAUAGGUCAGGUUUCUCAGGUGAUUCUGUCAGAGAUGAUAAAUAAAAGGAAAACCAAGGCAGAAAUGAAUCUGAAGCAGUCAAAGAAGAAGAAUAUUGAGCAUCUCAAGAGAAAAAAGAAGAAAACAUGUUUCCAUGAAGGGAGGUGCCACUUUCAAGACAAAUUCAAAGAAGAUUGAGCUACAUUCCAGUACUGAUGGCGAGAGCCCAGUGAAGCAGAAGAUGAUGACAGAGAAAAAGGGUAACCAGAACAAGAAAAGGAAAGCUGACCAUCAAGAAAGCACUUUAUAUCAAAAUGGGCUCAGAGAAAGCAACACCAUGACAGGAACUGCUGUGCGAAAUGCAACUCCAGCCAAGAAGAGGAAAAAGAAGACACCGACCUGCCGUCGCUGCCGCUGCCGCUGCCGCUGCCGCCGCUCCGCCGCCGGCCGAGGGCGCCGCGGCGGCGGAGCCGGUGCGGCUGAGCGUGCCGGGCGGCUUCUCCUGGGAGACGACGCCUUGGCCGGAGGUGGCACCGCUCCCGGCGCGCGCUGACGAGUCCAGCAGCGACAACGAGGACGACACGCAGACGCCACCGGCGUCCAGACUGUCGCGCCGUGAGCUGCGCCUGCGCGCGGCCGCCGAGGAGCGUCAGCUGGCCGAGCGCGAGCGGCUGAUGAUGGACCCCAGCCGCGCCCCUGAGACGGCGGACGACCACGAGCGGCUGGUGGUGGCGCAGCCGGACGACUCCAGCCUCUGGAUCCGCUUCAUGUCGCACUUCCUGCAGGCCACGGAGAUUGAGAAGGCGCGCGGCGUGGCGCGACGCGCCCUCAACACCAUCAACUUCCGCCAGGAAGACGAGAAACUGAACGUUUACGUUGCAUGGCUUAACCUGGAGAACAUGCACGGCACACAGGAAACUCUCAAUAACGUGCUGCACGAAGCGCUACAGUCCAACGACACCUUCAAGGUGUAUACGAGAAUGGCAGAGAUUCACGCAGCGAACAGCAAACACGACGAGGCCGAGGAGAUGUACAGUCAGCUGGUGCGCAAAAUGGCGGCCAACAAGGACAGCUGGCUGCGGUACGGCACCUUCCUGAUGCAGGUGGACCGUCACGACGCGGCCCGGGCUCUCAUGCAGCGCGCGCUCCGUGGCCUGGACCGCCGCCACCACGUGGAGGUGAUCAGCAAGUUCGCGCAGCUGGAGUUCCGCUUCGGCCAGCCGGAGCGGGGCAAGACCAUGUUUGACCACCUGCUGUCCACUUACCCCAAGCGGCUGGACCAGUGGAACGUGUACGUAAACCAGCUGAUCAAGACCAGCGAUUACGACGCCGCCAGGCAGAUCUUCCAGCGCGCCACGACAGUACGCCUGAGCGCGCGGCGCAUGCGCUCGCUGCUGAAGCGCUUCCUGGAAUUUGAGCAGGCGCACGGCUCGGUGGCGCAGCAGGAGGCGGUGCGAGAGACAGCGCGGCAAUUCGUCGAGUCGCGCUCAGAGGCGGACGCGAUGCUGCUCGAGACUGAGCGCUAACGCGG